AUGUGUGUGUACAUAGUCGUUAGGUGCCUUCUUCUGUGCUUUAGGUUCCUUCCCCUGUGCUCCGGGUACCUUCUCUUGUGCUCCAAGUACCUCUUCCUGUGCACCGAGUACCUUCUCCUCUGCUCUAGGUCGUCGAUUAACGUUAACUCUUCUCAACCUGGCAUCAAGUGCAACCGACUCAUGCCAUGCACUGAUGUUGCCACCUUCACUGGCUUUGAGGUGCGUCCGCGGGUUAUUUGA